GAAAUUCCGGUUUUCUGACGAUUCAGAACGUUUUCUGACGAGGCGGCAGUUAACGUUCCAUAGUCAUAGCGUUCGAUAGGAUUCGACUGAAAGAAUCGCAAGUAAUCUGCUUACUUUUUCAUUUAAAAUAAAAAUAAUGAUUUUAAAUUGAAAAUAUAAAUCACAUUACUCUUGUCCUGGAAAAUUAAUUGUAAUUUCUCUUUGUUAUCGUUGUGAUAAUGCAUCGUUUCACUUAUCACCAAUGUCUGUUAUAAUGCUUAGUGAAAGUGUGUUCAUAGUUUUCUAAAAUCUAAAUUGUGACGGUGCAAUUGUAUAUUCAAAGAGAAAGUUGCAGCGUAAAUUGACAUGAAUUAAAAAUUUUCGAAAUGAUAAGCAAAAUCGCAUGCUUGCGAUAAAUUGCAUAGCGAAUGGUAACGGAAAUUAUAAGAAUCAAGAGUAUCAUGGUAUUGACUUUAUCAUUACUUGAUCUCGAUACGCCUUUCAAUUGGAACUGUCAAUGUUGAAGCUGCUUAGGUUACGUACAAAGUAAACAUAUAUAAUUACUCAUCAUACGAUCUUGGCAAAUCUCGUAAUUAAAAAUCUCGUUGACGUCAUACUCCAAUUUUCUUCAUCAUGUCUAAGCGAUUGACAAAAUCUCUAUUAACUAAAGAAAACAAAGAUUAUCUUAUGAGCACACAUUUCUGGGGUCCAGUAUUCAACUGGAUGAUUCCUAUAGCAACUAUAUCUGAUACGCGAAAACAUCCAAAAAUCAUUAGUGGAAAAAUGACCUUGGCCUUGACCCUGUAUUCCAUGGUAUUCAUGCGCUUUGCUUGGAAAGUACAACCACGAAAUUUGUUGUUGUUCGCGUGCCACAUCACAAAUGCUGGGGCCCAGCUCACGCAAGGUUACAGAUUCCUCAAUUAUCACUACGGCCAACAGAAAGAGUCCGAACAGAAAAAGUGACGAGAGGAUUUAACAUUUAUGCAAAUAAUGCGUUAUAACAAUAUACUUUCUUACAAAUGUGUAAAGUGCAAAAUACUAAUAAAAUUUAUUUCUUUAUACUGUGAACUUUUGCUGUAAAAUAAUUGUAGCAAUGUGAUGCAAAUAACAAGAUAUUACGAUUUUCUAUUCCGACAAAAUGUGAUGAACAAUACGUAAAUUUGAGAUGUGCGUAUAAAAUAUCAGUGAUAAUUAUUGUUACAAUUAUAAAAAAGAAGUUUCUUUAAGUUUCUUUACAUACUCUUAUUACCAUGUGUAUAUAAAUAUAUAAUAAAUAUACGUGUAAAUAUA